AUGGCCCCUCUGUUUUCCAUGAUGAAUUCUGCUCAGGGGCCUCUCUCUCAAGAAGUUAAAUUACAGGAGCGAGAAAACUCGAACAAAGAGGAGGUUCAAACAAAAGACAAAGUGACUGUCAAGGGAUGCAAGACCAAGGCAUUCAGCCUUCCUUUCAGUGUGGAAUCUUUGAUAUCGGACAGAACAACAUCAAGGACUCCGUAUUCUUCAUCUGAGUCCGGACUUGUUUCACCCACGUCCGUUACAGAGGAGCGGCUACGAUUCUCUCCGAUGGCACUUUACGCAGAGAAAAAAACCCCACUGGAAAGUGUCUCAAACUUAUCUGACAGCAAGAGAAGUGAUGUAGAGGAGAUAGGUGACGAGGGACAGGGUAGCUGGUUUCAGACAUCAUCUUUCCCUACUCCUCCAAGGAGCUCAAGUCCAACGCCGUGUACCCUUAGAAAACAUAAGAACAAUCGAAAACCGCGAACCCCCUUCACCACCUCGCAGUUACUUGCUUUAGAGAGAAAGUUCCGACAGAAACAGUACCUCUCCAUCGCAGAAAGAGCUGAAUUUUCCAAUUCGCUCAACCUUACAGAGACUCAAGUCAAAAUAUGGUUUCAAAACAGAAGGGCAAAAGCCAAGAGACUUCAAGAGGCUGAGCUGGAAAAACUGAAACUUGCUACAAAACCACUCUUACCUGCGUUCGCCUUCCCCUUCCCUCUGGGAACGCACGUCGGCUCGCCGUCAUUAUAUGGACACUCCAAUUCCUUCCCACGGCCGACCUUACCAGUCCCCGGACUGUUCGGAGGACCUGUCACCUAUGGAAUGUAUUAUUUGUCUUGA